UAUACAGCUAAUUUGAUGGCACAGUGCCGUUGUAAACAACGAGCCUCGUGCAUCGCAUGCCCUAUAAAAUGCGCACCUCUCAUUCCACUUCCGUGUCAGCAACUGAAACCGUUCCAAAUUUCUCUGCCAGCGAGGCAGAGAGAGAAACAAGAGCGAGAGAGAACGAGCACGUCUUCCUCCGCCGCCUCUGCCGCCACCGUUUCUUUUCUCCGGCGAGGUUUCUCCGAUUCGCUUUCCGAAAUGGUGGAUCCCUACGUCCUCGGCUGGAUUCUGUGCUCCGUUCUCACUCUCUUCGCGCUCCACAGUUUGGCUUUCCGCGGAACCAGCCGCCGCGCUUCGCCGGAGAACAGGAACGACUUCUCGGAGACCGUCACCACCACCGCCGGAGAAUGCAGAUCGGGAAACCGCAACAGCGACGCUGACGUCAUCAUUGUCGGUGCCGGCGUCGCCGGCGCUGCUCUGGCGUACACUCUCGGCAAGGAUGGACGUCGAGUACAUGUCAUUGAAAGAGAUCUGAGUGAACCUGACCGAAUUGUUGGAGAAUUGCUACAACCCGGGGGAUAUCUCAAAUUAAUUGAGCUUGGACUUGAAGAUUGUGUGGACAAAAUUGAUGCUCAACAAGUGUUUGGCUAUGCCCUUUUCAAGGAUGGGAAGCAUACUCGUCUCUCUUAUCCCUUGGAGAAGUUUCACUCAGAUAUCUCUGGGAGAAGCUUUCACAAUGGGCGCUUUAUUCAGAGGAUGCGGGAGAAGGCCGCCUCACUUACCAAUGUACGAUUGGAGCAAGGAACAGUCACUUCCCUAGUUGAAGAGAAGGGUGCAAUUAAAGGUGUGCAAUAUAAGUCCAAAGAUGGUCAGGCAUUGACAGCGUAUGCACCACUUACCAUUGUUUGUGAUGGUUGCUUCUCAAACUUACGUCGUUCUCUUUGUAAUCCUAAGGUAGAUGUUCCCUCAUGUUUUGUUGGUUUAGUUUUAGAAAACUGUGAACUUCCAUGUGCCAAUCAUGGCCACGUUAUUCUGGGAGAUCCUUCCCCAAUCCUAUUCUAUCCUAUAAGCAGUACAGAGGUUCGCUGUCUGGUCGAUGUACCUGGUCAGAAGGUUCCUUCUAUUUCAAACGGUGAAAUGGAAAAGUAUUUGAAGACAACAGUGGCUCCCCAGAUUCCCCCCCAGCUUUAUGAUUCUUUCAUAGCUGCUGUGGACAAAGGCAACAUAAGGACAAUGCCAAACAGAAGCAUGCCAGCAGAUCCUCAUCCUACACCUGGAGCCCUUCUGAUGGGAGAUGCAUUCAACAUGCGGCAUCCACUAACAGGGGGUGGAAUGACUGUAGCAUUGUCUGAUAUUGUGGUGCUGAGAAAUCUUCUAAGACCCUUGUCUGACCUGAAUGACGCACCCACACUCUGCAAAUACCUCGAAUCGUUUUAUACCUUGCGUAAGCCUGUGGCAUCUACCAUAAAUACACUGGCAGGGGCUCUUUAUAAAGUUUUUUGUGCAUCCCCUGAUCAGGCGAGGAAGGAAAUGCGCCAAGCUUGCUUUGAUUAUCUGAGCCUUGGAGGCCUAUUCUCGGAAGGACCAGUUUCUCUACUUUCUGGAUUAAACCCUCGUCCCUUGAGCUUGGUUCUCCAUUUUUUCGCUGUUGCAAUAUUUGGUGUUGGACGUUUAUUGUUACCAUUUCCUUCACCUAAGCGAGUAUGGAUUGGAGCCCGAUUAAUCUCUGGUGCAUCUGCAAUCAUCUUGCCAAUAAUUAAGGCUGAAGGGAUUCGUCAAAUGUUUUUCCCUGCCACUGUUCCAGCUUAUUACAGAAGUCCCCCGGUGUCACAAUAGCGAGUGAAUGCAUUGCGAUGAAAUGAAGGUACUCUCAAGAUGAGCUUUCUGUAAACAUGUUGGCUCCUUUAGUGUGUGUGUAUUCUUUGUAGUCUGUAACUCAUACAAUGUUGUUAUAAGUAGAGCAUUGAGCAAAUUUGUUUAAUUGUCAUUGUCAUUGUCAAAUUAAAUGCAGCAAAAUGCUGAACCAUACGAAUGUCAGAAAACUUAUUUUACCAUAUCAGUUGUAUUAGUAUAUGCACUUCUAUUUUC